CCCAAGUACAAUUAGAUUUUAUCUGCAUUAUUAUUGCAAGGCCGUUUAUUUUUCUUAUUCAAUUCAACCAAGUUCUCGUUUUCUAACCCUCUCCCCUCCUACCUUUCCACUCUUCAUCUUUACAUCAUGCCUAUCCCUAAAUAUGAGUACACUGGGCCUCUAGACCACACUACGCCUAUUGAUACAUCGAAUGCUCGUGGUAAAUCUGUCAUCAUCACAGGAGGCGCUAAUGGCAUGGGUGAGACCUGUGUGCGUGCCUUUGCUGCCGCGGGAGCCAAUGUCACUUUCGGCGAUGUAAAUGACCGCGGCCAUGAGAUUGAGAAGGAGUUGAACUCCAAACACAGCCCGAACCAGACCGCUUUCGUGAAAGUUGACAUUCGAGAUUGGGAACAACAGAAGACUAUGUUCGAGACUGCAAGGCAAAAGUUUGGUAGCGUAGAUGUCGUCAUUGCAAAUGCGGGCAUAUCCCGCAGCAGCGGAGACAGCCUUUGGAAUUUGGAUGACCCGAACAGCGAGCCUACAAAGCCCGACUUGAACAUUGUCGAAGUAAAUCUCAGAGGAACUUUCUUUACAUGGAAGCUUGCGGUGCAUUACUUCAGAAAACAACCCGAGAACGAGGACCGGGAUAGAUGCUUCAUUAUUACCGGCAGCAUGGUUGGCUGGAUAGACUCACCUGGAAAUUGGGAGUACACCGCUACUAAGUAUGGCCUUCGUGGUUUCAUGCGCACAGCUAGACGAUCAUCGUGGGAGCAAGGGAUUCGCAUCAACUAUGUUGCUCCCUGCUGGAUUAAAUCAGCCAUUCGAACCAAAGAAUAUGAAGACUGGCUUAUAGAGCACGGCGUCCAGUUUGGCGAACAAGAAGACGUUGCGAACUGCAUGAUGCGCAUUGCGACAGACAAAUCGGUGAACGGAAAGUCUCUCAUGAUCACGCCACGAUCUAUUGCAAAGGAGGGUUUCAAAGACAUCGAUAAGGACGAUUACACGGACGAGGACGGCCAUGGUGGAUAUUUCAAGAAGACGCAAGAGAGUCAAUUAGUUAUCAUUGAGGAUAAGUGGAGGGAUGAUUACAAAGUGAGAGUCUACAAAGAAUAAAGGCUUAUUGAG